AUCAAUUCAUAUAAAAGAGUAAAAAUAAAAAAUAAAAAAACCACCAGCAACGGCAGUGAAACCUGAAAGCCGCCCCUUCUCUUCCUUCUUUCUUCUGUUUCUGUGUUUUAUAUGUGGAAAAUCUUGUUUGAUUGAGUUUGCUUUUAAGUUAAAGAUUUGGGUUUUAUGAAGAAAGAUUUGGAGAAAUGUGGGUUUGAAAAACCAACAAGAAAAAGCAAAGCAAAUCCACUUCUACUUUCUCACUCAUUCAUUUCAAAAAAAAUAUAUAUCUUUUGUAGUUCUUGCUUUGUACAACUACUGGUAUUUCUCGACUCUUUUUUUCUGGUAAAAAAUAAAAAUAUAAAUUUUAGGGGAAACCCAAGAAAGAAGGAUUGAACAAUGAAGCAAUCACUCCAACUGUUGUCUUCUAUUCGUAGAAGAUGAUUAAAAUAAUGGAAUGAGGAUGAGAUCUACGGCACUGUUCAUCAGAUUUUUUAUUUGAAUGUUUGUUAUAGCCAGUGGUAGGGUUUUAUCUUCUGUUUCGUUUCCGCCAUGACUACCAAACGCGCUUACAAGCUACAGGAAUUUGUGGCACACUCUUCAAGUGUGAAUUGCCUAAAGAUAGGAAGAAAAUCUUCCAGGGUUCUUGUGACUGGCGGGGAAGAUCACAAGGUUAAUCUUUGGGCUAUUGGUAAACCCAACGCCAUACUGAGCUUAUCGGGACACACAAGUGGAAUAGAUUCAGUCAGCUUUGAUUCUUCAGAAGUUUUCGUAGCUGCAGGUGCUGCAAGUGGUACCAUCAAGCUUUGGGAUUUGGAGGAGGCAAAAAUUGUUCGGACUCUGACUGGUCAUAGAUCCAAUUGCAUCUCUGUGGACUUCCACCCCUUUGGCGAGUUCUUUGCAUCUGGCUCUCUUGAUACAAAUCUUAAGAUAUGGGAUAUCAGAAAGAAAGGGUGUAUCCACACUUACAAGGGCCACACUCGAGGAGUCAAUGCAAUCAGGUUUACACCAGAUGGCCGAUGGGUUGUAUCUGGUGGUGAGGACAACAUUGUGAAGGUGUGGGAUUUGACUGCUGGAAAACUGUUGCAUGAUUUCAAGUAUCAUGAAGGUCAAAUUCAGUGCUUAGAUUUCCAUCCCCAUGAGUUUCUACUAGCUACAGGUUCAGCUGAUCGGACUGUUAAAUUUUGGGACCUUGAAACCUUUGAGCUUAUUGGUUCAGCUGGGCCUGAGACUACAGGAGUACGUUGCUUGACCUUCAAUCCUGAUGGAAGAACUGUGCUCUGCGGAUUGCAUGAAAGUCUGAAGGUUUUCUCAUGGGAACCGAUAAGAUGUCAUGAUGGUGUGGAUGUGGGCUGGUCUAGAUUGUCAGAUCUUAAUGUUCAUGAAGGAAAGCUUCUUGGCUGCUCAUAUAACCAAAGCUGUGUUGGAGUAUGGGUUGUAGAUAUCUCGCGCAUAGAGCCAUAUGCUGUUGGUAAUGCUAAUCGUGUGAAUGGUCAUUCUGAACCUAAAUCUAGUUCAGGUGGAAACCUCCCUGUAUUGAAUGAGAACACGACAAAAGCUAGUAUGGGAAAAUUAUCUGUUUCACAAAAUCCUGAACCUUUAGCGAAGGAAACAAAAUCCCUUGGAAGGUUGUCCCUUUCACAAAACUCAGAUCCUGCUAAGGAGUCCAAAAGUUUGACAUCCACAGGAAAUGUACCUGGUACCCCUCAGAGGGUCAAUUUAAACACUGCUCCAAAGACAACUCAACAGGGUACAGUAAUAGUUCCUAGUGUAGCAGCUCCAAAGAGGAGUUCUACUAGGGCUAGUUCAGCUGUCAAUGUUCCAAUUUUUAGCAAGUCAGAUACCAUACCUGUUAUUGUCCCUAGAAAUGACACGAAGUUGGAGCAGGCCACUCAAUCAAGAAAAGAAGUUGGAAUAUCUGGGAGAAGUUUAGAGCAGGCUGCUGAAUCUAGAAGAGAAGUUGCAAUAGCUGGGAGAAUUUUGGAGACAAGCCAACUGGCUGCUGAAUCUAGAAAAGAAGCUGGAACAGUAGGGAGAACUUUGGAGCAGGGGGCUGAUGCCAGAAAAGAACUUGGUAUUGUUGGAAGAACAAUGCCAUUUUCUUUGCAGUCAAAGACAUCUAGUUUUCGGAAGUUUCAAAAUAGCAGGGAAGACAUGGACCGGCCAGCUAUCUCUGCUCUGUCUGAGACUACAAGUUCAAAGGCUGCUGAUUUUAGCUGUGUUCUGGACAGGACUAUUUUUCCUGCUGUUACAGGUUCAAUUCAAGGAAUGUCUGCUACUGAAAGGAAUGUGAGGGAAGAUAGGUGCAUUGGCUCUGGAAAGAGUGAACCAAACUCGGUGAUGGAGUUGCCUUCGAGCUACUGGGAUGAAAAUCAUGAUGCACAACUGCAAAAAUCACAUAGAGAUGCAUAUCCUUUAGAAAGCCAAAAAGGAGGAAGAACACGUUCAGCAGUCAACAAUUGCGAGAAAAGGGAGAGAUCUUCUAAUUUUGAUGGACCUACUUUGAGUUUCUCUCCAGGGAAUGCAUCUGUGGCAAACAUGUCUGCUUUCAUUGCGCAUAAACAAAGAGGAUACCCUCCCUCUGUGGAAAAAGAAAUGCCUACUGCCAGUGAUGAGGAUGCUGUUGCAGAUUUAAUGGAGCAGCAUCGUCAAUUCAUUAGUUCCAUACAGUCUCGUUUAACUAAGCUACAGGUUGUUCAUCGAUUCUGGGAAAGAAAUGACAUAAAGGGGGCAAUCAGUGCAAUGGAAAAGAUGGCUGAUCAUGCUGUGCUUGCUGAUGUGAUGAGCAUUGUCACUGAGAAAAUGGACAUUGUUACAUUGGACAUUUGUACUUGUCUUCUGCCCCUUCUAUCUGGUCUCCUUGGAAGUGACAUGGAUAGGCAUUUGAGUAUCUGUCUUGACAUGCUGCUUAAGCUGGUCAGGGUAUUUGGUUCAAUGAUAUAUUCAACAUUAUCAGCUUCGACAACUGUUGGUGUAGACAUUGAAGCAGAGCAAAGGUUUGAGCGUUGCAAUGUUUGCUUUAUAGAACUUGAAAAAGUAAAGCGCUGUCUGCCUGCUCUUACCAGAAGAGGGGGAUCAGUUGCCAAAUAUGCUCAGGAAUUGAAUCUAGCACUUCAAGAAGCAUCAUGACUGAAAUCAACGCAUUCAAUGCAUAAACUAACUUAUUCUGUGGUUUUAUGGAUUAAAUUCUUACGUUGCCCUGGAGAGCAAGUUUUGGUACUUGCACGCGGGUCAAGCAUCAAACCACUGCUUUGAUACAUAUUGUCUUGUGAACUACUGCUGCACCUUGUACAUUUUAUACUAAGUGGAGCCUUUUUAACUGCUAAGCUGAUUCUACUCCAUUGACUGAAAUGUGAAGACUGAAGGCUAAUUGGGUUGUUACUCUUCUGCUGGUUGCUGCACAGUUUUUUCAACUCCAGUUUGUACCUGCAUGGUGAAGAGCAAGUAUAUCGAUCUCGUUUUACACUAACAAAAUAUGUUGUCACAUCAAUUUGUACGUUAUGGCCUUUAAUGAUUAACUAUUUUUUAUUUAUCAUAUGUAAUAUAUAAAAACAUACUUGUGUCAAAAGAAGGGACUGCAGGCAGAUAUGCGGGUUAUGUCAAUGUGUCGAAAAUUCUGAAAUAGAGCAAUGUUGAGCUUCUAUUGGUGCAUGAGAAGUUGGGUUUGUCUUUGCAUAAUUUAUUCUGUAAGAUGAAAGGAAAACGAAACAUAAACUAUUCAUUUUCCCCGAAUAAAAUAUUUGAGUUGGUCAAGGGUUUUCCGUAUUUUUCUCUUCAAAU